AUGAAGACGUUCCUUUUAGUUUUGGUGUCGGCGGUGUGCGUGUCGGGGCGACCCGAACCCCCGAUCGGUUACAGUUAUCCUGUACCUAAUUCAAUCGCCUCCAUCGGCCCUGUUGCGCCUGUUGCCAGCGUGGCUUCCGCUGCUCCUUUACCCACACAAGUCCAUAAACACGUGUACGUCCACGUCGCCCCAGAGGAACCGGAAGAGCAACGUCAACGUCAACAACUUCCGAUUGGUCCCCCUCAGAAACACUACAAAAUCAUUUUCAUCAAGGCACCAUCACCUCCUACUUAUUCCGCCCCGAUUAUCCCAGUUCAACCACAAAACGAAGAAAAGACUCUGGUUUAUGUGUUGGUUAAGAAACCGGAAGACCCUCAAGAGGUAGUGAUCCCAACUGUUGCUCCAACCAAACCUAGCAAACCGGAAGUUUAUUUCAUCAAGUACAAGACGCAAAAGGAGGCGCACGUGGAUAAUGUGGCGGUGGAUAGUGGGGCAGCUCGAGGAACGGCGAAUAACGAUUCGUACUUGGGCGGUAGCUUGACUGGUGGAAAUUUGCCCACCAACUAUGGACCGCCAAAAGUUUAAAAUUGACGGUGACAAAUGAUUCUGUAAAUAUGUUUAGCUAUUAGGUUUUUUAUACUGGCCAGAAAUACAUUUUUACCAAAGAUAAUUCGACAGUUUUAACAACUUAAGACAUGUAUAAAAUCUUCAAUAAAGUGAGGUGAGGUGUUUUAGAAGGUACAAACGGAGUAAAUUUAACCGUCCAAUUUGAACUGGAAAUGCACAUAAACUCCUGGA